UCUGAUUAAUUAAAUUUCAACUAACAUCCGUUUACAAAACAUAGGUACGGUUAAAAGUAAUUCACUGUUAGGCCACACUCAUCGUUCAUGCGUGACACACUAAAAAUGAGUUACUCAAUAUUCCAACAACAGGUCCUGGACUUUCAUAAUGUGCUCCGAGCUAAACACUCUGCAGAACCUUUGGUGUUAGACCCUCAAAUAUGUCAAUAUGCCCAGCAAUGGGCGAACACGCUGGCGAGCAAAAAAGUUUUGCAACAUCGUACCAACGGAAAAUACGGAGAAAACCUAUAUGCCCUGUACGGAAAAACAAAUGUCGACGCUUCCCAAGUAGUGAACGCGUGGUACAAUGAAGUGAAAUACUACACUUUUGGUACAUCGCAGCCCCAUAACUUUAGUCAAGUUGGUCACUUCACUGCAUUGGUAUGGAAGAAGUCCCGUAAGCUCGGUGUUGGCAUUGCAGCCAAAGGUACAAACGUAUAUGUCGUGUGUAACUACGAUCCACCGGGUAAUGUUAUGGGGCACUAUCAUCAUAAUGUUACCGGAAAAUGAACUAAAAAGGUAUACCUCAAAACAGGUGUUUAAAGUCUUCUACUUGAACAGUUCAACUCCGAAUUUCCAUUCAUUCAUUAUAUUUUAUUCAUGAUGAAACUAA